AUGGAAAACAAAGUUCCAUGGAACUUUCCGGGUGGAUCGUUGACCUCAAGUGAGAAAGAUUUUGCCCGCCUUGGACGGGACCUGAAGCUAUAUGAUCUCAAACCAGACACCCCAGUUACUUCCCGGGCAGACAGAGACACCACUGGACAAAUAGACAUUGGGAAUCCUCACGAAGGUGAAGAUCAUGUGGAAGCAAUGCCCGAGGAGGCUAAUGGCGAAUCUGCAGCAAACAGCAGUGUACCGACUCAUUCAAAGAGCCGGACGUACACAAUGAAACACAACGUCUUCCCGCUCGAGGUGACAGACGACGGGAAAUUGGUUGUUCACAUUAUUGCAGGUCCUUUUUGGUCCUUAAAACAACUAAACACUUAUAUCACCGAAGAUCAAGGAGAUGAAGGCAAGAGAAUAGCGACCGAAUACUACACCCAUAUUCACAAAUACCCUGACACCCAAGUCUCCAUUUGCGACCCUGAUGCUUGGACAACAAAUAUUGGCGAGUAUCCCUUCUUGGUGGGUUUGUUUUGCUUCCUCUUUGCUGCUUCUGUUCUGGUAGAUUGCCGUGACGGACAGGAAAGUAAACCUUACAACGAUGGUGAUCAUGAGGACGAUGGCAUUCAUGCAGAGGACGGUAUUGAUGAGGAUGAUGGUGAUCAUGGGAACGAUGAUAAUUCUUGCUCCAAUCAGCAACUACGCCCCCAAUCAUGCAUGCGAGUUUCCGAGAUGCUGAGGUGAAUAGGGGAUGCUGUCAGGGCAAAGCUUGGUAUUCUCGACAUCGCUUGCAAGUUGCUAUGUCGAAGCUCAUGGAACGACGAGGACUACAACACUGGCAUUUGUGAGCUAAAGCAUGAGGAGCAAGUCUACAACAUCUUGUGUCAUCUUCAAGGAGUGGUGAUUCCUCGAUUUUUUUAUGUUGGCUCGAUAGUCAAUGCAUCGUAUUGGGUGAUUCCUGAACAUGGCGAAAUGGUUGCCUUUGCUACUACAUAUGAAGGUCCAUCUCUUGAGGACAUGGUCCCACCUCAGACGGUACAUGAUGCUGGCGUCGUCCACGGAGAUUUGGAAUUACGCAAUCUUGUCUUUGACGGUGAGAAGAUCAAGUUUAUUGACUUUGGGAAUGCGCUGCUUCAAAGUGAGUACGGUUCCGACAUUGAGUCGUUGGAGAAGGACAAGGAAAAGGAUCUCAGACAGUUGAGAUUGAUUCUGAGUUGGAUUCGGCCUCUCCAAGAGAAGGGGGAGGCUCAGUUCGCACAAGAUAAGGAUCAUACACAAGAGUGCGCCCCUGUCAAUAAUUGA